AAUUUUUGCAGUUUCAUGUUUGGAACGACAGUUAUUGACCAAGUUCUUCAAUGUUAGGCAUUUAGGGUUUUUUUUCCCAGUUUUUUUGAUAUUAUUGAGGUUUGAUAUAUAUGUCUUUGAAUUUGUGUUUCCACAAACUAGCUUUCUAACGAGGAAGUUGUAUGUUUGAAAACUUUGUGCUCUUGGUUGCUAUGUCAACAUGGAAAGCACCCAUAACCCAUCAGACAGGAGAGAAGAUCUUUGGAGUUCAUCAAUUCCCCUGUUGGAUGACUUACAACUUGUUAGAAAAAAAAAGCCCAGAACAUCACAUUACAGUAAAGUUACUGAUAUUGAAGAAGAGGCUUCCGGUAGGGACAAGCCUAUUUCCGCCCAUUCGAGUCUCCUAUCCCUCUAGCCUGAGGUAUAUCCCAACCGGAAAUGUUUAUCCUCGGUCGAAAGCCACGUCUGUUCUGGCCUCGGUCCCGCCCCCACGCUGUGGAAGCGUUUCCGGGGUCAGGGCGCUCGGGCCCGCCCCGCCGCGGCUGCGGCGCUGGAAGCCCCGGUCCUCCCGGAAGUUCCCCGGCUCUGCCUGUCGGGCUCCGGUUCUGCGUUGCUGAGGGGCCCAAGGCGGCGGGGAUGGCGGAGGCGUCGCUGCUGCUGCUGCCCGAGGCGGCGGCCGAGCGGGACGCCCGCGAGAAGCUGUCUCUCUGGGAUCGGAGACCCGACUCGAUAGCGCCGCUGACAGACAGGCAGACGGACUCGGUGCUGGAGCUAAAGGCGGCAGUGGAGAACCUGCCGGUGCCGGCCGAGCUCCCAAUUGAAGAUGUAUGCAGUUUAGCAUCCCAGUCGCUGCCCAUUGAGCUGACUGCUGUAGUGCCUGAAUCUACAGAAGACGUCCUCUUAAAGGGCUUCACAUCUUUAGGAAUGGAAGAAGAAAGAAUUGAGACUGCACAGCAGUUUUUCUCAUGGUUUGCAAAGCUGCAAACUCAAAUGGAUCAGGAUGAAGGAACUAAAUAUAGACAGAUGAGGGAUUACUUGUCUGGGUUUCAGGAACAGUGUGAUGCUAUACUGAGUGACGUGAACAGUGCUCUUCAGCACCUGGAGUCCCUGCAGAAACAGUAUCUGUUUGUGUCCAACAAGACAGGAACACUUCACGAAGCCUGUGAACAGCUCCUAAAAGAGCAGUCGGAACUUGCUGAUCUUGCUGAGCACAUCCAACAGAAGCUGUCUUAUUUUAAUGAGUUGGAGACCAUUAACACAAAAUUGAAUUCCCCAACGUUGUCUGUGAAUAGUGAAGGAUUUAUCCCUAUGCUGGCCAAGUUAGAUGAUUGUAUAACAUAUAUUUCAUCUCAUCCUAAUUUUAAAGAUUAUCCUGUAUACUUACUGAAGUUUAAACAAUGUCUUUCUAAAGCUUUGCACCUCAUGAAGACAUAUACUGUGAACACACUGCAGACUCUCACAAAUCAGUUACUAAAAAGGGACCCCUCAUCAGUCCCUAAUGCAGACAAUGCCUUCACACUAUUUUAUGUGAAAUUUCGAGCUGCUGCCCCUAAAGUCAGAACUCUCAUUGAACAAAUAGAGCAACGUUCUGAGAAGAUACCCGAAUACCAGCACCUGCUCAAUGAUAUCCACCAGUGUUACCUUGAUCAGCGGGAGCUCCUUUUGGGCCCAAGUAUUGCCUACACUGUCACGGAGCUAACCAGCCAGAACAACAGAGACCAUUGUGCCUUGGUUCGCAGUGGCUGUGCCUUUAUGGUCCAUGUCUGCCAAGAUGAGCACCAACUUUACAAUGAAUUUUUUACAAAGCCAACAUCAAAAUUAGACGAACUGUUGGAGAAACUGUGCGUGUCACUGUAUGACGUGUUCCGGCCGUUGAUCAUCCACGUCAUUCACCUAGAGACUCUGUCUGAGCUCUGUGGGAUUCUUAAAAAUGAGGUGCUUGAAGACCAUGUACAGAACAACGCUGAACAGCUGGGGGCCUUUGCAGCUGGAGUAAAGCAGAUGUUGGAAGAUGUACAAGAGAGGCUUGUGUAUCGCACCCAUAUCUACAUUCAGACGGACAUCACAGGCUAUAAACCAGCUCCUGGAGACCUGGCGUACCCUGAUAAGCUUGUCAUGAUGGAGCAAAUUGCACAGAGUUUAAAGGAUGAACAGAAGAAGACACCUUCAGAAGCUUCCUUUUCAGAUGUACGGUUAGAAGAAGGAGAGUCCAGUAGUUUAAGAAAGUCUGGUUCAACAGACUCCCUCAAUCCUAGACCACAGACCACGAUUUCUCCAGCAGAUCUUCACGGGAUGUGGUAUCCCACAGUUCGAAGGACACUUGUCUGUCUCUCCAAAUUAUAUAGAUGCAUAGAUAGGGCGGUGUUCCAAGGAUUAUCACAGGAAGCCUUGUCUGCUUGCAUACAGUCCUUGCUAGGAGCAUCAGAGUCUAUCAGCAAAAACAAGACUCAGAUUGAUGGACAACUUUUCUUAAUUAAGCACCUUUUGAUUCUUCGAGAACAAAUUGCUCCAUUUCACACUGAAUUCACCAUUAAGGAAAUUUCCCUGGACCUCAAGAAAACUCGAGAUGCAGCAUUUAAAAUCCUGAACCCUAUGACUGUUCCGAGAUUUUUUAGGCUGAAUAGCAACAAUGCCUUGAUAGAGUUCUUGUUGGAGGGAACUCCUGAGAUCAGAGAGCAUUAUCUUGACUCUAAGAAGGACGUGGAUCGGCACCUGAAGUCAGCCUGUGAGCAGUUCAUUCAGCAACAGACCAGGCUAUUUGUAGAGCCACUGGAGGAGUUCAUGACAAAGGUAUCAGCAUUAAAAACCAUGGCCAGUCAGGGAGGCCCCAAGUACACCCUCUCACAGCAGCCUUGGGCACAACCAGCGAAGGUCAACGACCUUGUGGCCACUGCUUACAAGACAAUAAAAACGAAGCUGCCGCAGACAUUGAGAAGCAUGUCUCUGUACUUGUCCAAUAAGGACACGGAGUUCAUCUUGUUUAAGCCUGUCAGGAAUAACAUUCAGCAAGUCUUCCAGAAGUUCCAUGCUCUGCUAAAGGAAGAGUUCAGUCCUGAAGAUAUCCAGAUUAUUGCUUGUCCUUCUGUGGAACAGGUCAGACUUGUGGACCAUGGUACAUGGAGAAUUCCUAUUCAACGCUCUAGGGUUGGGACGUCACACAGAGGCAGUCUGAGUAGCACUGCUCACAGUCCUGGGUGCCAGGGAAGCUCAGCUGUGUUAAGGGAAGUCUGAGUGGGUGGCCCAGAUGUGGGCUGGUGGACUAAUGGGGCUCAUGGAGACGCUCACCCCGUACUUCCUGCUUCUGAGUGAAAGUAGUAGUCAUAGUAGGGGAGGGUGUGAGGGCUUAGAGGAGGAAGGCUCAGCUAGCUGCAGUGGUUAGGAAUCUGGAUCCGAACCUCCUACCUGUUUAUUCUCUAGUCGUUGUUGAGUGCAUGGAAAUAGGUGUGGGGUAGCUGAUCAUAAGAAUCAGUGUGGUCAGCCCUCCAUCACUGUGGCAAAGAAAAGCCUGUUUGUCACAGUUUGUGGGCUCCAGUCCUUGGUUGACUGGCCUCAUUGCUUUUGGGCAUUUGGAGCAGUGCGGUGGAAGCAUGUGGUGCAGUUAAGCUGCCCUUGUUGUGGACAAUAAGCCACGAAGGAAGAGGAAGGGGCUGGCCUCCUUCUGGGCCCCAUGCCUUGUAAGUCCUACAACUUCAGAACCGAGGGGCUGGGAACAAGCUUUGAACACAUGGGCCUUUGGGGGAACAUUCGAGACAAAUGGCAGCUCCAACAUGUAGCAGGGAAGAUGUAGGAAUGAUGGGAGAAACCCCUUUGCAUUCUUUAUCCCAUUCCUGACUUCGCUGUUUUAACUUCUCACUCUUGGCUUCCCUCCAGUCCUUUUCUUUGAGAGGAAGUUGAGAGAUGCCUGCUUGGUACUCCUGAAUACAGAAGGAAGCCUCCUAGGCUGCCCUUCCUGUCAGUUUUAGGGGUUCCCUAAAGACUGGCUGAGGGGAUGGCUCCUUUCCACAGCUGCUUUUAGGGCGUGCAUUCCCAGCAGGAGCGGCAGGUCAUUUGUCUCCUUUCUCCUGGAAACCCAGUCAGAGAGGACGGGCGACCUGAGCAGACUAAUGACCAGAACAACUAUUCUGUGUGCAAGGGGAGUCAGUCAUUCACCACAGGUCUCCAGGCCUGCUUAGCCACUCCUCUUAGCCACUCCUUAGGCCUCCAUUACCAAUUGACACAUUGCCUCAAUGACAAGUCUGAUUCGCACCUAUGAAGCCAAAACCCACCAAGCAUGCCUGCUCUGGGCAUUUAUAAAGCCCUUGAGGGCUAGUGAAGCUCAUUUGAUAGAGUGCUUUCCUCAAGUGCAGAAGACCUUGGGUUCAGAAUCGUGCACUGUGAAGUCUGCAACCUGUCUAGUGCGUGUCUGUAGCCUGAACACCUGGGAGAGGGAAGAUCAGAAAAUAAAGGUUGCCUUCAGCUAACGGAUGGGUUUGAGCCCAGCCCAAACUACAUGAGACUCUGUCUUAAAAGAAAAGAAACAAAAAGACAAAACAAAAAAAUGCCAUUUAAAUUCCAACACUAAGGAAGCUGAGGUGGGGGAUGCUGAGUUUAGGACUAGCCUGGGCUGUGCCUUAAACAAAUAAACAACACAAAAUCAUCAUUUAAAGGAUUCAGCUUACAAUGGUGCUUUCCAAAAUACGGGGUAGAAAAGGGUGUCCUGGAUUGUGUGGUGCAUGUUUAUUUACUAUUUUAUUAUUGCUUUGCUGUCACCGUCAUUGAUUUGAGGCUUGGAUUUGGCAGUGGAGUGCAGCUCCCUGCAGGACCUCCAGUGGCUGUAAACAUCUCAGGCUUUUUUUCCUGUAUGUUUUUAGAACUAGAGAUUUCUGAGGGUGAAAGUCCACAGUACAACUAACCCAGGCCUCCCCGUUCCUUUCAGCUAAACCUCCUGCUGUCAGUCUCUAAGUAGUCCUCUGGACUGUGGGUGUCAGCGAUCUGUCCCACGGAUAGGCCUGAGGGUCCUGCAGCCUGCAGGAUGCCCAAGGCCCCUGUGUGGGACGGCUCCUGGGAACAUGGAUGGCUGCCUGCAGAAGGGAACCUGGGUGAAGCAGAAGAUCAAAAUGCCAAAGAUUGACAGCAGGGAUAGCUGCCUUGUUGAAAUGGUCUCCAGAAGUGGAGAGACUCGACAGGGAGCCCUGGUUCACAGUGAAAUGUUCCUUCACACAGAUUGUGCAAUAAAGUAGGCUACCAUAAAGAGUGUGAUGCACUUCAUAGGGACUCAGCUAACUGGAAAGCUGCUAGGUCAGUCGCUCCUGUGGACACUGCAAGGCAUUUACCCACCCACCGGGCAAUUCACAGAUGCCGUUACUCAGAGAACUCUUAGUGUCCUGAUGCAUGCAGUGUUUGUCCUGCUGGGUCGAGGCUGAGUUGGAAUAGAAUGCUUCCUGCCAAGAAGCCAUCUUACUUUUUCUGGACUCAGACUGUCAUCUCUCUGUGGGCUCAUAUGAGGCAGUUAUAAGAAGCCAAGGCGUCCUGUAAGAUUCUCUCCUUGAACUACAUCCUCACUAGAUAGGUGUGUCCUGACAAUGGGGAUCUUCACAGUCCCAGCGCAGUGUAUGAGUGGGAAUUGCCUGUCAAAGUGUUUUAGCCUGGCACAGCCUGGAGAGGAGGCAGCCUGUGGGCAGUGGGUCUCAUGGAUGGAGCUUAGCUGUGGUCAUUCUUAGAGAGUGGAUACUCUUUGGUGGCUGUGUUGUACUAGACACUAGCCUUCUGGUGUCCCCAGUCCUGCCACAUCUGAACACUGAUGUGUGGCAAACACUGCCCUGAAAUUCGACACCAGUCAAGAGUCAAAGGACAAUAAGCAACUCUGAAUUUUCCUGCAAAUUCCUCUUUGAACUUGGGAUUGGAUUGGCUUUGACCCUGGUAUUACAGUACUCAGUACUGGUUCAGUUACUCAGACCGUCAUGUGGAGGUGGGGCAGUGCUGAGGGCUCUGAAAUAGGGCAGGUGACCUCCUGAUGCAGGCGGAGGGGCAGGAGCAGCCUCUUGCACAGUGUGCACGUGGGUGACCCAUCCCGAUGCAACAGGCCACUCGUUUCUCAGCCCAGCUUAAGUUGGUGGUGGCUGUUGCUUGGUAGAGCAUAUUACUCUAUAUUUUGGGAAACUCAAAGGUAAGAGGGGCCAUAUUUUUCUUUGCUAUGAAGUGAAUGAGUUUGGAAGAUUGUACUAUUUUAAAUACAUGUCUUAUUGAUAAACUGUGAUAUCCAGUUCUGUGUAUCAUAUGUGCAUUGGGGUUCAGAUAGCCUUUCCAAAGAAAUGAGGACGCAACCGUGGCACACACUGUGGCUCAGCAGUCUCACGCUCACAGCAGGACUUGUUCGGGCUCUUGUGCUUUGAUUUUUUGUUUCUGAAAACACUCACACACCUUACCAAGUGCUGGGAGGGCGGUACUGACCCACUUUGUCUGCUGAGUGAAUAUUUGUUUAAAUCUGUACAGUCUCACGGGUUUACUUAUACAGAGUGUACAUACUUUGAAAUAAUUAAUUUAAAUGCUUUAUAUUAUUUAGCUAGAAAUUGCUGUUUUUAAUAAAUAAAUUUUUAAAAAAAAAUAAAGAUCUUUGCUUCCUA